AUGUUACGUUCAUCGUUAAAUCUUAUUAAAAAUUUCAACAAAAUUGAAGCAACUUCAUUUUACCAUCAAAACGUAUUAGAUCAUUAUAAAAACCCAAAAAAUGUUGGCUCUUUGGACAAAAAUGACCCUACAAUAGGCACCGGAUUGGUAGGUGCCCCUGCUUGCGGGGAUGUUAUGAAAUUGCAGAUAAAGGUUGAUGAGAAUGGAAAAAUUGUCGAUGCCAAAUUCAAAACUUUUGGUUGUGGAUCAGCAAUUGCAAGUUCUUCUCUGGCUACCGAAAUGAUAAAGGGACAACAUUUGGAUUUUGCUGCAAAAAUAAAGAAUCAACAAAUUGCUAAAGAACUUUCUCUUCCACCUGUCAAAUUACAUUGCAGCAUGUUGGCGGCGGACGCUAUAUCAGCUGCCGUUAAUGAUUACAAAAAGAAGCAAGAAGCGAUUAAAAAAUGAAUUUUGAGGUAUUUGAUAUUUAGUCAAAAAUUUUUUUAAAUAAAAUUAUUUGAUUUUUUGCUAUUUUUUUUUUGCAAAAAUUUGUUCUGGUGUCUAAUUUUAUUUUUAGAAUUUUAUUUUGAAAAAAUAAACAUUUUAAAAUUAUUUUUGGAAAAAUUUUUAUUUUUGCUUUCUCGAAGUUCUUCAAUUCCAAAAAAAUGAAAAUUUUGGUUUUUUGGUCUUGUUGACUCAAACUAGGUUAGUCAAAGGGUUCUGAGUUUCAUUUAUUAAUGUGGAUGUCAAUAAGUUUUGUUGUUGUUGUGUUAGUGCUUGGAAUUGUGUUGGAACUGUGAAAAUGAGUGAAUAUAUUAGAAUGUUAGUCUUAAAAAAUAAAUUUAAUUCAAAAUUUUU